AUGAGAUGGCAUUUCUGUCGACCGAAUCGCAAUGGGUGGGACGACUACUUAAUUGGACAGCGCAACGCCGCUCUCCGCGCCACUGAGCCCGAAGUGGACUUGGCCGAAGCCUCGAUAUCAGAGAUGGAAGUCUCAUCUUCGGAGUCUGGAAAUAGCUCCGCGGAAUCCUUACAUUUGGUGACUCCGAUGGUGCGAUUUCUUGUGUCAGAUGCUGAGGAUGCCUCGUCUCGAUCUCCGGAUUCGCCGAUGCAAGAAGCCCCCUUGGAGACCGCCGACGAUCCGCCUUUGGAAGAAGACGAGUCCUUAGACUCUUGGUCUGACCCGGACGAGACUCUCGCGACCAUUGGUGAUAGCGUUGGCCUUGCCGUGAGGCUAUUCUAG